AAGCCGAUGACGUUCUUCUGUGCUUAUUCAUAUAUCUUCCAGUUAUCACUGAUAUUCACAUUUGAUUCAGAUUUUUUGGUGGUAGUGUCUAGUCGAGUUUGUGCAGAUUCGUGGACGGAGCGAACAGAUAAAUUAAAUCCCUUUCUGUGAAGUGAAGUCUUGCCGUGUGAAGUUGCCGCUACAUAAACGUUCGCUAUAUUGUUGUAUAAAAUUAUAACAAAAUGUUUAGUUUUCUGAAGCGCGAGAAAAAUAAUCAGGAAGUGGUAGAGAAUGUGGUUGGCGAGUUAAAGAAAAUUUAUCGCAGCAAGCUGUUACCUUUGGAGGAGCACUACCAAUUCCAUGAUUUUCAUUCACCUAAGCUUGAAGACCCAGACUUUGAUGCAAAGCCAAUGAUAUUGUUAGUGGGUCAAUACUCAACUGGUAAAACCACGUUUAUACGUUAUUUGCUGGAACGCGACUUCCCUGGCAUUCGUAUCGGCCCUGAGCCCACAACAGAUCGUUUCAUUGCCGUAAUGCAUGAUGAGAAGGAGGGUGUCAUACCUGGAAAUGCACUUGUUGUUGAUCCAAAAAAGCAAUUCCGUCCACUAAGCAAAUACGGCAAUGCCUUUUUAAAUCGUUUCCAAUGCUCCACUCUCAAUUCACCCGUCUUGCAAGCGAUUUCCAUUGUUGAUACCCCUGGUAUUUUAUCAGGCGAAAAACAACGUAUCGAUCGUGGUUACGAUUUUACCGGUGUCUUAGAAUGGUUUGCAGAACGUGUGGAUCGAAUUAUAUUACUCUUCGAUGCUCAUAAACUCGAUAUCUCAGAUGAGUUUAGACGUUCCAUUGAAGCGCUUAAGGGUCAUGAUGACAAAAUCCGCAUUAUACUCAACAAGGCUGACAUGAUUGACCACCAACAAUUAAUGCGUGUAUACGGUGCUCUUAUGUGGUCUUUGGGCAAAGUGCUGCAAACACCUGAGGUAGCGCGUGUCUAUAUCGGUUCUUUCUGGGAUCAACCACUACGUUUCGAUGCCAACCGUCGACUCUUUGAAGAUGAAGAACAAGAUCUGUUCCGCGAUUUGCAAUCACUGCCACGCAAUGCAGCGCUGCGCAAGCUUAACGAUUUGAUUAAGCGUGCGCGCCUGGCGAAGGUACAUGCUUUUAUUAUUUCUGAAUUACGCAAAGAUAUGCCAUCAGUGUUCGGUAAAGAUAGUAAAAAGAAGGAUCUAAUUAAGAAUCUGGGUCAAAUCUAUGAUCGCAUUCAACGUGAACACUCCAUUUCACCUGGUGAUUUCCCAGACAUCAAGAAAAUGCAGGAGGUGCUGCAGCAUCAAGACUUUAGCAAAUUCCAUUCUCUAAAACCACAUUUACUGGAUGUAGUUGAUAAUAUGUUAGCCAAGGACAUCGCGCGACUAAUGGAAAUGAUACCGCAAGAAGAAAUGACGCUCGUGUCAGAGCCAGUGGUCAAGGAACUCAAAGGUGGCGCCUUCGCUGGUGUAAUCGACGAUCACGUCUCGCCGUUCGGCUACAUGAAGGGCGAGGGCAUCGACGCUGGUUUCGGCGAACAUGACUGGAUCUGCAAUCGCGAUAAACCACGCACGGACGCCAUCUUCAACGCGCUGGGGCCGGUGGAUGGGCGCAUAUCGGGAGCGACUGCCAAGCAAGAACUCAUCAAAUCGAAGCUGCCCAAUUCAGUGCUCAGCAAAAUCUGGAAGCUGUCCGAUGUCGACGGUGAUGGUUUCCUAGAUUCGGACGAAUUCGCACUCGCGUUGCACUUAAUCAAUGUAAAACUGGAAGGCAACGAACUGCCGAAUGUGCUGCCCGAACACUUGGUGCCACCGGCGAAACGUUGCUAGUGUUAUUAAAAAAACAAAUUUUUACUUUAUCAUUUCUUUUCUGUUCGUUCACAUCUUAAUUGGCAUUAUGACGAGCGUACGUUUCACCUCGCUUCAGUUUCCUAUGAUAUCGUUGCUAAUCUGUUAAUGUAAUACGAAAAUGGUACUAUGCGCUUAAGUCAGCUAAGCUACUACGUAUUGUAAACUACACCUAUUUAUAUGAUAUAUACAGCUACAUAUAUAAUUUGUUGUCGCAUAUGUAAGAGCCUGCAAUCGGUAUGCACAAAGCGUCGUUAAAAGUGCAUUGUUAACUAUACAUACAUACAAACAUGUACGCAAGGAACGUUCCCAACUUUUGUAGACCCAACCAAGCGCUAAAUUCACUAAAUACAUAUGUAUGUAUGUGAUAUGGAUAUGAGUUUUGUAUGCUUUGCAUUGUAUGUAUGCUAUUACACCAGUUACAUAUGUAUGUAUAUUAUAUUUCAUAUUAAGUAAAAUUUCAAUUUGAGGUUUAAACGCGUACACCCCGCAUAUCAUGUGAAUGUAACUGCAACAUAUUUUUGUAUAUUUCAUAUACAUAUGCAUCAAUAUUAACUAAAUAUACAAAACAAAUUUCAAAGAAAACAAAAAAGUUUGUAAAACACACUUUAGUUGCAUAUACAUACACACAAACAUGCAUGCAUAAAUAUCUAAGCGCUUUCUUUAUAAAAUUCAUUUUAUAUUUAUAUAUGGUAUAUACAUAUAUAUAAUAAUAUAAAAAAUGAAGUUUUGUUCGAAAUGAAACUAUCUAAACUAAAUGUAAAUGUGUACAGCAAAUGAGAAAUUAAAAAAAUAAAGUGAAAAUAUAUUUGAUACAUACAUACCAUAAAUGCAAUUAUUUGCACUUUUAACCGCAAUGUCGUAUGCACACACACGAAAAAUAUGUUACAAACUUAAAUAAAUCCAUUGCAUAUGUAAAAGAACAAAAAAAGGGUAGCUUUCACAGUUGCAACAUUGAUUUUGGCUCAGUUGCACGCAUUAAUUGAGUCCUGCGCAUUUCUUUCCAGUUUGUAGAUUAUAAAUUUUUGCUUGUUUUCCACAUUUUGUGCAAUUUUUUAACAAAUUUUUGUUU